AUGGGUGUGUUUAAUUUAGUGUUUCAUCAUGGGGGAAGUUUCGUGCAAGACGGCCAUACGUAUUAUAGAGGAGGUAGUGAGACUACUGUUGAAGGUCAGGACGAAGAUAAAUGGAGCUUUUUUGAAGUUGUUAGUCUGGUUAAAGAUUGGGGUUAUGAAGGUUUUAGGCUAUGGAGAAAGAUUCCGCAAACAGAUGAAGGGUUUACAAAUGUUGUUGAUGAUGCAGGAGCUGUAGAAGUUGUUAAGCAUUGUAUGUCUUGUAGGGUUCACGGUGAUCUUUGGGUAGAGCACGGUGUAGAAGACAUGAUGACCAAGGUUCUGGUACCUAAUGUUGAUGACUUCAGCACCUCUAGUGGAGAUGAUAGUACUGGUGACUAUGUUGAUACAAGCCAAUGUUUCAAUGACAGUGAAGAGGAAAGAGUAAUUGACGUAGAAGAAGAGCAAUUUGAACAAGUGGAGGUAGUUGUUCCAGUUAGUGGGAAUAGGGUGGAGAUCGAAGGGAAAUCAUUUAGAUUCAAGCGUUGUGCAUCCAAGGAUCCCAAAAAGAUGAAAGAAAAGAGCAAAAGGGACAAGGUCAGACUUUUGGUGCCCAAAAGUGUCUUAGGAUCUUGUUCAAAGAGGGCUACAAGGAAAUGUGAAGAUGUGGAUUAUGCUAGUGAGGAACUUGAAAGUUCAGAUGCUGAUGAAAGUGACAUGGAUGACAAACCUUCCAAGCCAAAGUAUGAGAAGUUCAGAUCAGAGCUGCUUAACAAAGACUUUCAAUUCAAAUUAGGUAUGGAGUUCAUUUCUCUUUCUGAAUUUAAAGAUGCUAUCAGGGAUUGGUCAGUAUUAAAUGGUAGAGAAAUAAGGUUUGUUAAGAAUGAGAGCUGUAGGGUUAGGGUUGAGUGUAAGAGUAAAUGUGGGUUUUUGGCAUUGUGUAGCAAAGUGGGAGGUAGCCUCACUUACCAGAUAAAGACUUGGGUGGGGACCCACACAUGUGCAAGGGUAUUAAAUAACAAGUCUGCCAAUUCAAAGUGGGUCUCUAAGUUAGUGGUUGAAAAGAGGAAGUCACAAGGGAAAGUUAAACUGUCUGAAAUUAUGUCUGAGCUUAGACAGAAAUAUUCAGUGGGCAUUACCAAAGGGAAAGCUUGGAGAGCCAAAGCUAUGGCUGAAGAAAUAAUUGAAGGUGAUGCAAAGGAACAAUAUAACAUGUUAUGGAGAUAUGCAGCUGAGUUGAGAAAACAUUGUGCUGGGAACACUGUCAAACUAAAUACUGAGAGACCACAUCCAACACUACCACUAAGAUUUGCAAGGGACCCGAAUGACCAAUAUUAUCCUUUGGCAUUUGGUGUGGUGGAGACUGAGACAAAAGAAAGCUGGAGAUGGUUUAUGCAAUUGCUAAUGGAAGACAUUGGAGAAGAGAGAAAGUAUGUUUUUAUUUCAUACCAACAAAAGGGACUUGUUAGUGUCUUUGAGGAAAUGCAUCAGCAAGUUGAACACAGGGUCUGCCUCAGACACCUGUAUGCAAAUUUCAAGAAGAAAUUUGGAGGGGGAGCUGCCAUUAGAGACCUGUUAUUGGGGGCUGCAAAGGCUACUUAUUUCAAAGAAGAUAUCAAGGAAGAAGAGGAAGGGCAUUUAUCAGUAGUUGUGCACAUAGUGUGCUAUUUUGUAAAAUUCAAUUUGAAAGUUUCCUGUGUCAUUUUGUUACUUUGA